CCCCCAGUGCCCCCCCCGGGCUCCCGCUCCAUUCACCUCCCACACUGGGAAUUAAAGUCCUGCAUGGUCGCUGGGAUGAGCUAGAGCUCCGUUCCCAGACGAUGCCCCCCGGCUCCAGCAAUUGAAGUUGGACACACGGACAGCAGAGGGGACAAAAGGGGACACACAUGGCGACGGCCGGCAGGGGCAGCAAGGGCAAGGGGGGCUCCGUGCGCUUCGCCCCCAGCCCCCCCCCCGAGGGGGCCCACGUGCACUUCCAGGAGCAGCUCCACGACUCGGCCGUGAUGGUGACCCAGGAGAAGGACGGCAGCUUCCUGGUCAAGGUGGGAUUCCUGAAGAUCCUGCACAAGUACGAGAUCACCUUCCUGCUGCCCCUGGAGCAGAGCGGGGAGGGGGACGUGUGUGCCCUGCCUGUCCCCAACCCCAACCUGCGGGUCCUCAGUGUCACCUCCCUGCCAGAAGGGCUCAGCGUGCACUGUGAGUACACGGCCCACAAGGAGGGGGUGCUGAGGGAGGAGCUGCUCUUGGCCAGCCCCAGCCACGGCCACGUCAAGGUCACGGUCCAGGCCCGGGUCAUGGACCGGCACCACGGGACGCCGAUGCUGCUGGACGGGGUGCGCUGCGUGGGCGCCGAGCUGGAGUACGACUCGGAGCAGAGCGACUGGCACGGCUUCGACUGAGCCCCCCCGGCCCCAGCGCGGGGUCGGGGGGUCCCCACAGCGCGGGGGGGUCCCCAGGGCGGGCGGGGACCCCGAUUGCUGCCUCCAGCUGCUGCUGCUGCUGCUGCCGCUUCCCCCUCCCCGCGGCCCGGAGCGCCCCAGGAUCUUGGGGGGGAGGGGGAGUUUUGCCUCCCGGGGCGGGAUUUUUUUUCCCCCGGGGAGGGAUUUUGCCUGUGGAAUGUGGAGCUGAGCUGGGGCAGGAGUGGGGGAGCCGUGGCCCCCGUGGCUCCGUGGCCCCGUCCGUGUCCUCGUGUUGCUGCCAGCGCCUCGUUCUCCUCCUCGUUCUCCUCCCGUUGGGCUUUAUUUCCCCCUUUUCCUCUCUUUUCCUGCCUCUUGUUGUUAUUUUUUUCCCUCUUUUUUCCCCUCUUUUUCUCUUUUUUUUUUCCUCGUGGUACAAGGACCAGGAGAAGUUUCUAAAGCAACAGGAGGCUUUAUGUGCCUAUAUAUAUAUAUAUAUAUAUAUAAAUAUAGAGUUAUCUUACA